ACCUUCGCCCACAAUCAGGGAGCCAGUUCAUUCUGUCGCGAUAUCUUCAUCCACACCACACAAAACAUUACUCGGGUGUGUUGACUGCUCUCAUUUAAUCUAGUUGUUUUAAGAACAGUAUUAAUAUUUUUUUGCGUAUCGUAGGCUACUAGAAAAAUGCAUUCCGGGGCAUUGGAAAGAGCUGGGUCACCGAGGAAAAGGACGCUUUCUCGGGGAGUGAGCGAGGAUGAGUCACUUCGCAACAUUAUCAAGGAGACGGAGAGUUCGACCAGGCGUCUGACGCACAGUGACAACAGAGGGGGGACCCUCAAGAGGAGAAGUGGGAGUCAGCAGUCUGUGGAAGAUCAGGAACUGAUGGAACUCCCUGAGAUGAACGACCUGCAGGCAAGCUACGACGAUGUGUUGCAGGAGCUGCGUGGGCUGGAGCUGCAGCGGGAGACUCUGUUGUUCCAGGUGGACGUUCUGCAGGACGCCCUGGAGGGGGCCGAGGAGAUGCUGGCUGAGGCCCAGAGAGAGGCCAGCCACGCCACCAUGGAGGUGGAGCGAGAAAGAGAGGCGAAGAGGAAGUUGGAGGACAUUGUCAGUUCUCUGAUGCAGGAGGUGGAGAGGCUAAAAGAGGAGAGGAACACCAUAUCAGCAGUCCCAGUGUACACACUUGUCAAGGAGCAGGAGAGGGAAGAUGAGAUGGCUAGACAACAAACCCCAGAGAUGAAAAUCGAAAAGGGAGCACAGGAACAAAUCAGGGAUGCACCAAGGGAUGAGGACAGUUCUCGCCAAGAUGCACCUCUCUCUAUUAUCCGACUGGACAGUGAGGGCCCCGGGCCCAACAACGGGCUAUCAUCUGAGACCAGCACUGGGGGGCUGCUCGCUUCCUUCUUCAAAAAGGGAGGGGGAGCAGCCUUCUGACAGUCUGACCCGGCCCUCUCCUCUCCACGUUGCCCGGCUGGUGUCCUCUGAGGACGUAGCAGAUGGGGCACAGGACAGCUUCACCAAGUU